AUGACACCCGGAGCACUUGGCCGACCUUCUGUCAAUUUUCGGCUCCCACGCUCGGUCUGGUUUUGUUUCUGGAUCCAGCUGCUGCUGUUCGCCAACACGGUGGCCUGCGAAUGUCUUUACACUGAGAAUGCUCCACGCGCCGUCUUUGUUGCAUUGGCGCAGGAAUACGACCUUGAUCCCGUGCUGUCCUCGAUUCACCAUCUUGAAGACAACUUCAACAAGCGCUACCAAUAUGGAUGGGUCUUCUUCAGCACUGCUCCCCUGAGCGAUGAGUUUCGCCGACGGACAUCAAAUGCCACCGGCGCUGCUUGCAUGUACGAGGUCGUCCAGGACGGCGACUUAAAAACCCCGGGACGUGUCCCUGACGCCUUGGCUGAAGCUCAGUCCGCUGGAUAG